AUGGACCCACGGCUUUGGCGUCUGAGAGCGAAGAGCAAUAAGAGCACCUUUCUUAUUCCCUCAACUCACUACUUAGGCAGUCCCGACUUGAUUAAAGUGCGACACGAUCUCACAUCGAAAACGUUCAUCGAAAAGGCCCUAAAAGGUGUUCGUUGCGAGGAUGGUAGGCACAACCACUUUUUCAGCGUUCGUCGAGCCGUUCUGGAAGACAUUAACAAGGCUAUCAAAGACCCCUCUCUCCAUUUUGACCGUUAUGAAGUAAGCACUCUACUCAACGUGUACUACACACUUACCAACUACGAGGUUCGUGGGAUGAAACAAGCUGAACUAAUGAAUUUCCUCUAUCUUACUCUUAAUAUUACAAAUAUGUCGAGUCUACAGGGCCUCUAUCGAGCAGGAAUGAAGUUGACGGGUCGAGGGAAUUCCAAAAUAAUGGGUACUUUCGAUUCCCUCGCUUUUGUUCGUCUUAUGUCGGUGCUUCUACGAGGCAGUAUUGAGGAGCGCGCCGUUCUGAGCUUUUACGUUCUGGAUGAAAAUGAUGAUGGGCUAAUCACAGCGAAAACGGAAAUUGCCCACUCGUUGAGAUCAUCUUUCAAUACCAAAGUGGCGGCAUCUGCUCCGGAAAUCGAUCCUGAGGAGCCGAGUCGCGAUACGCUACGGUAUUUGACCAAGAAAAUGGGACUGUCUGUUGACGGAGGCCUUAAUUUGGAGGAGUUUGUCAAUGAGUGUCUUGUCUCACCCUGGCUAAUCGAUGGAAUCCUCCCCAACUUGCCCUCGGAAAUAUCUAACUAUGCAUUCCAGUGUCUGGUAUCGCAAGUACCUACGCUUCCUUUAAUUGAGAACAGGGCUGCGAGAAAUAAGAGCAUUGUGAAUAUUAAAAAAAGAAAAAGGAAGGAUGAAUAA